AAGGGGGGGGUGCACCCCACUCCACAGCAGCCCUGACCCAAACAAGGGCAGACAGCGGGGAAUUGUCACACUUAUGCUCAGAGCCACGAUGCUGGGGAGAGGCCCUCACAAGCCCUUAGCCAUCCUCAGGCACAUGGGGCUUCUCCGUGCCGUGAGGCCACAGUGCUGGCUCUCCCAGCAUUCCUGUGCGGAGAAACGCAGCGGCUGUGCCCGGCACCCCCUCUGGACUGGCCCCGUCUCCUCAGUGGGAGGCACCCGGCAGUCUCCCAUCAACAUCCAGUGGAGAGACAGUGUGUAUGACCCACAGCUGGCACCACUCAAGGUCUCCUAUGAUGCUACAUCCUGCAGGUACCUCUGGAACACCGGCUACUUCUUCCAGGUGGAGUUUGAUGAUGCCCAUGAGGAGUCAGGCAUCAGCGGUGGGCCACUGGGAAACCACUACAGGCUGAAGCAGUUUCACUUCCAUUGGGGAGCAGCGAAUGAGUGGGGCUCGGAGCACAGGGUGGAUGGUCACGCAUACCCGGCUGAGCUCCAUUUGGUUCACUGGAAUUCCAUGAAAUAUGAAAAUUACAAGGAAGCCACCGUGGGGGCGAAUGGGCUGGCGGUGAUCGGAGUGUUCCUGAAGCUCGGGCCCCGGCAUGAGGCUUUGCAGAGGCUGGUGGAUGUCUUGCCAGAAGUGAAACACAAGGGUACACAGGUGGACGUGGGCCCCUUUGACCCUUCUUGUCUGCUGCCUGCCUGCCGGGAUUACUGGACCUACCCUGGCUCCCUCACCACCCCGCCACUGGCUGAAUCAGUCACCUGGAUUAUCCAGAAGAUGCCCAUUGAGGUGGCCCCAAGCCAGCUGUCAGCGUUCCGCACGCUCUUGUUUUCUGGACACGGUGAGGAAGAAGAGGUGAUGGUAAACAACUACCGCCCACUCCAGCCCCUCAUGGACCGGAAAGUCCGUUCAUCAUUCCAGGCCACCAGGGUGGGAACGAGGUCCUAAUCACAGGAGGAUGUCUGCAAGGAUAGGCGGAACAGAGUGACAUGUGAUAAAAAAAGAAGACGAGAUCAUUGCUCCGGUCAAUCUGCUUUUUUUGUUGUUGUUGCAAGUAAAAGAAAUACUUUAAAGAAACCGAAGGAACAGAGCUGGAGGGACAGCUCCGCCCACAAAGCGCUUACCUAAUGCCAUAAGGACCUGAGGUCAGAUCCCCAGUAUCCACACAAAAAGAGUGUGCAUGAAAAUUGGAGACAAGUGGAUCCUUGGAAGCUUGCAGGACAGCCAGCCAGGACUAUGUCAUGAAUUCUAAAACAAAGAGAAGUCCUGACUCAAGCAAAAUGUGGAAUGUAUCUGAGGACUGACAUGGGACACCUUCUGAUCUCCACAUGCAAAAAGUGCACAUUUGCAUCUGUACACAUAUGUGCACCAAAAUACCCAAAUCACACAG